AUGCAAUUAUCCAUCUCGAACCCCUUGAUCCUGGUCUACGUCCUCAUCACAGGCGCAGUAGCCACACCUGUGCUUGGGCCUGUGACUCCCCGCACAGCUUGCAGUGGUAACACACCUUCCACACGCUCAGAAUGGUGUAACUAUUCGAUUGAUACCGACUACUCCACCAUCGUUCCUGACACAGGCGUGAUGAGAGAAUACUGGCUGGAGUUGACUGACGUGACCGUUGCCCCUGAUGGGAUCUCCCGUGCCGCCAUGGCUGUCAACGGUUCCAUUCCAGGUCCAACUCUGAUCGGUGAUUGGGGCGAUACUUUCGUGAUUCAUGUAAAGAACUCUCUGACAACCUCCAAUAAUGGCACCAGCGUUCACUUCCAUGGCAUUCGGCAAAACUAUACCAACGCCCAGGAUGGUGUCAGCUCCAUCACGCAAUGCCCAACGGCACCUGGCGAGAGCAUUACCUACACGUGGCGCGCAACUCAGUACGGCUCUUCUUGGUACCAUUCGCACUUCUCGCUUCAGGCCUGGGAGGGCGUCUUUGGGGGGAUCAUCAUAAACGGCCCGGCUACGGCUAAUUACGAUGAGGAUCUUGGUACGCUUUUGUUGAACGAUUGGGACCACUCCACCGUUGACGAGCUGUACAAUUACGCCCAGACUGUCGGCCCGCCGACUCUUGCGAAUGGCCUCAUUAAUGGGACCAACACAUUCGAGGACGGGGGUUCCAGAUUCACCAUGUCGCUCACCUCGGGAACAUCGUACCGCCUUCGCCUUGUCAACGGCGCUAUUGACACACACUGGAAGUUUAUGAUCGACAACCACACCCUGACGGUUAUUGCUUCGGAUUUCGUGCCUGUGGUGCCAUUCACAGUGGACUACGUAAAUAUUGGAAUGGGCCAACGUUACGAUGUAAUAGUUACUGCUGACCAGACCGACCUUGCUGAUAAUUUCUGGCUUCGUGCCAUCCCACAGUCAGCCUGCUCCGACAAUGACAAUGGCGACGGCAUCUUGGGCAUCGUGAACUAUGACGGCGCGAGUGUCACAGAUCCGUCAACUAUUCGGUUGGACUACGGCGCCGAUGCCUGCGAUGACGAGACGGAUAACCUAGUGCCCUACAUUGCCAAGGAGGUGGGCGGUUCUGACCUCUCAGCGCUUGAAGAUGCAGGCAUCGCGCUGCAGGGCAACUUGUUCAAGUGGACGCUAAACUCGACGUCGCUGCUGACGGACUGGGCGGCCCCGACGCUGAUGCAAGUGCUGGCGGGCACCAAAGACUAUGAAGCUGAUGACGCCGUCAUUAAGCUCCCGAGUGCCAACCAGUGGUUCUACCUGGUGAUCGAGACGGACCUAGCCGUGACGCAUCCAAUCCACCUGCACGGACACGACUUUUUCGUGCUGGCGCAGGGAACGGGGGCCUACUCAUCGUCUGUGGCGCUCAAACUCAACAAUCCACCACGCCGCGACGUAGCCAUGCUGCCCGCCAGUGGCCACCUCGUCAUGGCUUGGGAGACGGACAACCCGGGUGUAUGGUUGCUGCACUGUCACAUAGGCUGGCACACGAGCGAAGGUUUCGCGUUGCAGUUCGUCGAGCGCUUUGACGAGAUUGCCACCGUCGCCGAAAAUACCUAUGUCGUUGACACGUGCGACACCUGGAGUACAUUCUCGGAUGCCAACCUCGUUGUGCAGGAAGACUCGGGGAUCUGA